CAGUCGAACGUUAGCAGCCUCCGCGUCAACUUGUGCUCCGGUCUACGUCUACGUCUACAACUCCGGUCUCCCUCGCCAUCUCCGUCUCUCUGUGCUCCACAUCUGAGGCCCCUUCGCCAGCUCCGAGCUCCGCGGCACUGGCACUUGGGUUUUGCAUGUGCAGUAUAUUGCAUUAUAUUAUUUAUAGCAACUUGUUUUCAAAGUCAUUACGUGUCGCGAGCGCCGCCGCGUAGUCGGUGAACAAAUUGUGCAUUUUAAAAACAAUUCCCAUAAGCGGCCAUAAGCAAAACUGCAAGAAGCCAGAAGGCUAAGCAAGGCUAAGGCUGAGACUCAUUCAACAAAUUUAUGCGAUAUCUUUUGGGCUUUUCUGGAGCCUCCCUUCCCGACACAUUCUCGGAGUGCACUGCCUGCAUACAAAACCCACGCAAAAGACACACAACAAAUAUGCAAAUGGAAAAGCGAACGCUGCUGAUUCUGUUACUGGGUCUGGUUUUGUGCCUCGAAUCAUCGCAGGCCGCUCGUCGUCUGCGCAAGAAGCCCAAAGUCUACAAUGCCCUCAUCACCACCGAUGAUAAUCUCACCUCCAGCAGGGCCUAUCCCGUCAUCCAGCCCACCAUUCAUGAGCCGGGCUAUGCUCCCUUUGGGCCCUACAAUCCGUACGGCUUCUACAGUCCUCCAUUGGUGAGGUUCGGUCAGCCAAUUGUGCCUGGUCUGACGCCCAACGAGAGGCUGACCUAUCCCCUGCCCACUGGAGCACAGUAUCCUGCUGGAUUUUCCCAAUACGAGCCCCAACAGCCUGUGGAAACGCCUGUGGAAACGCCUGUGGAGCAACAGCCCUUGCCACAGGCGGCUCCGCCAUCACUUGAGCCCAAAGAAAUGCCCAAGGAACAGAUUCCGCUGCCACUCAACGAACAAGGACUGCCGCCCGUCCUCAUCCGGCUGCCAUCGCAGUACACUGGACAGCCGACCCAUCUGCCUCCUUAUCCGUACAGCCAGUACCCGGUGAUCUAUGAUCAGGCUGGAUAUGUACGCCAGAACUAUCUGCCGCCCUACGACUACUACCCCACACAGGGCUACCCGAUCCGGGAGCCAACAGCAGCAUCAGCAGCGAAUGCACCCGCAGCGCCACCACCACCGUCGCCACCCCAAGAGGAACCGCAAGCCUUGCCGUUGGAUCUGAACCUGGAGCCGGUAAAGCCCAGUUUUGAGGACAUCCGGAACGGAUCGGAGAGUAAAAACAGCGAGGUUCCUGAUGUGCCGCCGCCACCAAUACCGUCGGGUCCGAGGCGUCCGAGACCCGCUGAGGGGGAUAAUUGAGGCCUUUCGCUCACACAAUCCAAUCAAAUCCAACCCAAUCCACACACGUAUUUAUUACCAUAUUUCUUAGGCAUAAACCGAUUUGAUGUAUUGUACAAUGUCGUUUAACCCGUAAGCUUAGUAAGUGUUCGCAUCCACAGAUAACGAAUAAAAUGUAA